UGAGAAAGAGAACGGAGUGCUUGUUGGGACUGCCUAUGCGUAUCUGGCGCGGACAUCCGCGUUUUGGGAUUUCUUGUUUUUUUCCAAUUUCCCCUAUCCCAUAUUUCUCUCAGUCUUUCCGCUCGUAGACGGGUCUAUUUUGGGUUUUCUUUCCCUUCUUCCCCGUCCUUCCUGACAGUAGCAACCGUGGUGGAGACUAUAGUAUCUUUUUUUCUGAAAGAGAAACAGGAGAGAAGACGGAUCGGGGUUGGAAGCGAUGAACCGCAGACGAUAGAGUUCCUCUCUACUGCUUUAAGGCUAAAAGACAAUCACCCGCUUUGAUUUUUUGUUUUUUUUAUUUUUGCUGGGACGACACAAGGGUAAAAGAAGGCUUCGCUUGGAUUACAAAUAUAUAUAUAUAUAUAGGGCGCGACAGAAGGGCGUACAGUUUAUUGAUUUCUGUAAUGCGUACAUAAAUGCUUUCUGAAAUAUCCCACACCGCUCCCCUCGCCCGAACCCUGCUCCGCUUCGCUCCAAAUGAACGAUACUCCCGGUGAAUCUCACGCACGUAGAGGCAGUCAGACACCCGGGCGGACCAGCAGCGACAGUGACGGCGGCAGAAGCGAGUGUUCCUCCAAGGACCUCGAUACUAAAAAACCUGCGGCGACUGUACUCCCUCCUUCGGAUCCUACUCGCCAGGCAAAGCGGCUACCAAUUCGGAUUCUCAAGAUGUUGACCGCGCAUAGCCACUUGCUUCACCCGGAUUAUCUCCAGCCCCUGACCUCUGCGCCAGUGAGCAUCGAGCUGGACGCUAAGAAGAGCCCGCUGGCCCUGCUGGCUCAGACCUGUUCCCAGAUCGGGAAACCGGACCCUCCUCCCGCAUCCAAGCUGAGCUCCAUGUCCUCCAGCAGCCUGGCGGAUAAAGACUCCAGCGGCCAGUCCUCGGGAUCCGGCCUCAAGCUGGGAGCGGAGCCGCACCAGCCCGCGGAGGACAAGUCCAGCUUCAAGCCGUACUCCAAGCUGGGCGGAGAGUGCCGGAAGGACGGGGCGGGGGGCGGAGCGGACAAGGCCGGGUUUCGGGUGCCGGGCGGGGGCGACCGCGGGGCCGGCGGCUCGGCCGUCUGCUCGGGAUUCCCGCCCCACGCCUCGGCCUCUCCCAACUCCAGGACUGGCUCCGGAUCCAACUCCGGGUCUUCCCCGCAGCACAACCAGCUGCAGCCCCACAGACAGGCCUCGCACUCCCCCUGCCUCUCCCUGCAGGCCUCGCACCCCCAGGGCCUGCACGGCAGCUCCAAGCCAGCAGGGGGCGACGCCGGGAGCACGGACUCCUCCAACGGAGGCGUGAAAAAGGAGGCGGAGACGUGCAAAUCCGCGUUGGACGGUGCUCAGCUGGCCAACUCCAGCCACGCCCGAGCGAGCGCUAACUCCAGCAACGCCAGCUCUGACGGGAGCCCGCACCACGAUGCGGGGAAGGACUCCAACCCGCCCCCGCCGGGGAGCCUGGGGGGCAGCCACGUAGCCCCCGUCUCCCCCUUCAAACCCGGCCACUCCGUCUUCCCCCUGCCCCCCUCCGGGAUGGGCUACCACGGCUCCAUCGUAGGGGCCUACGCCGGGUACCCCUCCCAGUUCAUCCCCGGGCUGGACCAUACCAAGUCCGCUCUGGUCGGAGGGGGGAUCGGGAUCGCGGGAAAGCACCCGAGCUCGAGCCCGCUAACCGGAGCCUCGCCCCCCUCCUUCAUGCAGGGCCUGUGCCGGGACCCCUACUGCCUGACCUACCCCAACGCCCCCCACCUGGGGGGCAGCAACUGCACAUCCUGCGUCCACGACCCCUCCUCCUCCGCCCUCAAAUCGGGCUUCCCCCUGGUGUACCCCACCCACCCCCUCCACUCCCUCCACCCCAGCUCCCUGUCCUCCAGCGUCACCCCCACCCUGUCACACCCCCUCUACACCUACGGCUUCAUGCUGCCCAACGAGCCCCCGCACCCCCACGCCUGUAACUGGGUCUCCGCGGGGGGGCCCUGUGACAAACGCUUCUCUUCUUCGGAGGAGCUCCUGGCCCACCUCCGCACACACACGGCCCUCUCGGGCCUGGACAGCAGCAAGCUCCUCUCCGCCUACCCGUCCUCCAUCUCCUCCUCCUCUGCCGCCUCCUGCCACCUCCACCUGCCGCCUCCGGGCUCCCCCAGCUCCCCCUUCUCCCUGCGGGGCCCCCCGAACCUGGGCAUGGCCCGGUACCACCCCUACGGGAAGACCCACCUCCCUGCGGCCCCGGGGUCCCUCCCCAUGCACUCUCUCCAGGCCUCCGCACCGUACUACUCCCCCUACGCGCUCUACAGCCAGCGGCUAGGCUCCGCCUCCGCGCUGGGCUACCAAUGACAGGCAGGGGGCGGAGCUGGGUCCACUGUUGGAUGCUGGGAGGCGCCGGUCGUUCGAGCCAGGUCCCGUACGAGGGAAGGUUUUGGACGGUGCUUUUGCAAGGGCUGCUUGAGCUGGGAUGCCACUGUACUCCUCCACCAGGAUUCUAACGCCCCAAAGGGGUGCUCCCAAAGAUUCGGGCUGGGGGGGGAUCGGGACGGUCCCGUAGAGGAAUCGCAGCGACGCUUGGCGUGGAUGAAUAUAGUCGAGAUGGUCGCAUGCAAGUUUGACUCUUUUGAGUGUGUGGGAUUCUUUUCGUUUUGUUUAAGAUUUAAAUUUUUAUCUUUCUUUUUGUGGGGGUUUUUUUUCUCCCAGACUGAAAAAGUGUAUUUAUUUUCAAUGGAGCGCUUGGCUUUCAAGUUGGGGAAAAUUUUUAUUAUCCAAAAAUGCAUUGUUCUUAAUUAUUCUUAUUAUUAUGAUGAUAAUUAUUAAUGAUAAAAUAUUAUUAUGCUUAUUAUACACUUUUUUUAUUAAAAGUUUUGUGGUAUGCAACAUGGCAAACAUGAACUGCAAGCUUCUUAAUAAGGAACCCCCCGACUCUUCCACCAAAAAAAAAAAAACUGUAUUCUUUCAUUUUCUAGAAUUUUCCUUCCUUUUUUUAAUGGAUCGUCCUCCAGUUUGCCCCCUCCGUGCAGUGGGGCUACGACACGCAUGUCCCGACAGACUGGGCUUAAAUAAAAUGCCUUUUAUUUUUGAUUUAAGCUGCUGAUGAUGGAAAAAAAAACCCAAAUAAAGAGAUGUAAUAUUUUUUGUAUGUAAAUUGCGUCAGCAGACUUG